AUGAGCGCUCCGCCAAAAUCCCCCACCGUGACCGAAAUCGUCUACUUCCGGCUCAAGCCGUCCAUCAAACCAGAAGACAGCGACAACCAUGAGGGCGAGAAGCUACUCGAUCUUUUCCGCGAAACAAUACUUGAAAGUGGCCACUUGGGAUCUGCCUGGGGACGGUCUUUGGAGGAUGAGAAUAACUUAGUUUGGGUGAUUGAAUGGGCUGAUGCCACCAAUUCCAUCCAACUCAGCCGCCUUGAGCCUUUCAUCGACAACGACGGAGAUAGCAGUAAUAAAUACGAUCCUACGAAACUAAUCACAUUCUUCACAACCCUCAACCCGCCAAUCUCGACUACAGAAACGCUAACCACGAACCCGGUCACCGAGCUAGUCAAUUUUUUAAUGCCGAGUGACAUUAGUGCAGAAAAUUUAAGCAAAUUCAACAGGGAUAUUGUUACCUUCAGAAACGAAACUCAGAAAGUUCAACCGGCUGAUAUCAAGCCGGUAUCGUGGUCGAUGGGCCAUGUUGAACGACCGGUCACGAUUGAUCACCGGGAUACUCCCUCCGGUAAGGCGAAGGCGUAUUUCAUGGCUAUUGGAUGGCAGUCAAAGGAAAAACAUACGGCGGCGAGAGAGACAAAGGAGUUUAAGGAAACUGUCGCCCCGCUCAGAACAGUUAUGGUGUCGCCUGUCAAAGGGUUGGAGAUGCGACAUGUCAAGUUUCAAAAGAUUGGGUUUUGA